AUCCAUUCAUUAUGCCAACCUCCAAAAUGACCUCAUUCCCUCUCACCCGAGGUUGCUCUCUGCCCAGCCAGCCUUCCAAGUUCUGCCCCGCUCCCUCCUGCAUCCAGCCCAUGGAUCUGGCCGACUCAAUCUAGGACUGGCAUCCAUCCACUCCUGUUCUCCCUCUUGAUGGUGAACUCGCGGCAUCCAACCCUCCAUGUAACCACUGUCCAUCGAUUGCAUGUCCGGUUUGAUAUUAAGUGCACAUGGGACCCAAGGGUAGAGGGCCCUUAGCUCUGGCCUCUUGCCUCCCUGCUCAUCAGGGGUCUGUGUAACUAACGACGUACCAUAAGAGCGUUAGUAUGCUAUCGCCCGCCAUGCAUCAUGGCUCGAGUGGCCAUUUGGGUCAUGGGAUGGGGGGAGGACAUGCCGGUGGUAUGGAUAUGAUGGGACCUAUGGGGCAGCAUCAUCAUCAUGGGGGUCUGAAUGCUCAUCAUGGGCAUCAUGGACACGCUCAGAGUGCGGCUGUUCACCCGGGACUCAUGAAUAGCACUAGUGGACCCUCGCCGCAUACGCCCAGUGGAGGUUUGGGACCGCCUUUACAGGGUGUGACCGCUGUGGUUCCCUCUGCGUCUGCGGCCAACCAAGUGUCCCUGGCUCAACUCAUCGAGUUCAUCGUCCAACGGUCCUAUCACGACUUGAGCGUCUUGGCCGAGUUGUUGCCGCGCAAAACCGACAUGGAACGCAAGAUCGAGAUCUUUAAUUAUGCUUCCCGCACUCGAAUGCUGCUCAUCCGGCUCCAAUCGUUGGUCAAAUGGGCCUCUUCGGCCUCGAAGGUCGACAAAUGCGUUUCCAUCAUGGCCUUUUGUGAGCGAUCAGCCCACGUGUUCAUGGACACGGCUGAUGCCAUGGCCCGCAUGUCCCGCGAAACCUUAGUGCGGGCCACGUUGCCCAAUUUCCAUUUGCCAGCUGCGGUCGAGAUACUGACCACAGGGUCCUAUUCCCGGGUGCCGCGCUGUAUUCGCGACCGCAUUGUGCCGCCGGAACCUAUUACUCCCGCGGAACGCCGCCAAACCCUAUUGAAAUUGAAUCGCGUCAUCGAGCAUCGCUUGGUCACCUCGGACUUGCCGGUACAAAUGCGGAAUUUGAAAAUCGAAAAUGGACGGGUCACUUUCUAUGUUCAACACGAAUUCGAAGCCACCCUCACUUUAAUGGGCGAUGGACCUUUGAUUCCUUGGCGCUUACUCAAAGUCCACGUGUUGGUGGAGGACAAAGAAACGGGGGAAGGCAAAGCUUUGAUGCAUUCCAUGCAAUUGCGGUAUGUGGAGCAGUUGCUUCAGACGCGAUUGGCUUCGGAUGAACCGCAGCCUUUGCAUGAUUUGUACAGUAUUCUGCACAGCUUGUGCCAAGCCCUUCAAUUGGAAGUGUUACACAGUCAGACGCAGAAAUUGUGCUUUGAGCGUCUGGGUGAUUAUAUCCGAAUUGAAGAGUACAAACCCGGUCGGUGUUUGACCAUCAGUUAUUGGCGCGAAUUGAUGUCGAAGGACCCGAAUUCUGAGCUAGGUUAUAGAUUUUCCGUACAAGUGGAUCCGCAUGACCCGGCUAAGCCAUUGAUGGUGUUCCAUGUUCCGCCUUUAGUGAGCGAUGUGGGCGACAAGGCCAUUCGAAGUGAUCAUAUCUCCUUGGAACGCAUCCUCGUGAGUAGCAUUUACGUCCGCACGAAAUCCCGCUUGAAUGAACUCAAGAAAGACAUCCAAGGUCGGCUGAAACUCCGUGAUCUGGAGGCCACACUUCAUGGGUCUCCAGCUGUGCUCUCCAUUCCCAUUUUGGAAAAGUGUCUCAGGUCUGAACAGCUCCUAGUCACGGUGGACACGCACACGGGGAUUUUUCUGGCUCAUGUUCCGCAAUAUGAGAACAAUCCUUUCACCUCGCAGAUUCAACAAGCCCUCAACGAUGACCGGUCCCAUUUGGAGGCGCUGGUCUCGCAAUUGAGGUUCUGGAUCACCAAACAAAGGGUCCACAAGACUCUUCAACAACUCCCGGCCACUUCAUACGAACGCCUACCCAUUCUCUUUGACUUGAACAAGCAUCCACUCAAGGAUUUGUCGCCCAAUCGAAUGUACAUCCGACUUCAUCGCCAGCCCAAUGCCAUUCUUAUUGUCGAGUUCCAUGAGAAGGAGACGAACCAUUGCGAGAUUGAAUAUCAGUACUACUUCCUCUGGGUCCGACCCGCAUCGAUUGAGGACAAUCCCAACGAUGAAAAAGUGGUCACAUCCAUUCCCAAAGUCUAUUUGAAGGCCCUCACCAUGGUUCAAUUCGAUCCAUUCCUGGUGACCCACGGGACUGCUACCAAGGUGGAUGUUCAAGAUCUCUCAGAGAAGAUCAUUGGGAAGCGGAAAUUGGGCGGGAAGAUCGAACCGCCCAUCAAGCGAACCAAAUUCCCCGCCUACUUCAUCUCCGACCUGGCCCACGUGAUUGCCUUCACGGAUGAGCGGAUUCCAUUAACGGGAUUGUGCAUGGAGUUCACCAAGUGGGGCAUUGCCCAUUCGGGGGUGGAAAUCGAAGACAAGGCCGUGGGUUUGGUUAUCAAGAUAUUUAAGUUCCCACAUGUGAGUGGUGUGAGCAAAGGCGCCGUGCUCCGAUUGCAAAAGUACCUGCUGGCUGUCAAUGUCAGGCUAGUUCACCGUCAAGGUCGAUUCUGGCGCUUGGAGUUCGUGUUUUGUGGCACUCCCGUGGGAAGCAUUGCCCAGAAGAAGAACUCGGCGGGUAGGAAGACCCUUCAAUUCACGUUCGAGGUGGGGAACGUGGACAAGAUGAACACCACUGUGGAGGCCAUGUACCAGGAGUGGGUCCAAAUUGUCCACGUUUUCGAUGUGGUCGACCAACUUGAAGAGUACCUGCAGCAUGACUCUUGUAGCAUUUCGAAUAUUGUGGGAAUCAAGUCCUACUCGUUCAAGGAUGUGGUUCUGGAGUUUGGACCCAACCGCAACCAAACGGUUCGAGUUGAGUGGAAAGCGGCCAGAAACCGGUUUGCUCUAUCGUUUGAUGCUCUCAAACAGCAUGCAGGCGUGGUUCCACACAAUCUAGUUCGGGAGCAGCUCGAGCAACAUCUGAAUAUGCACCGAAACCUGCCACUCUUGGCCAAGAUCAUUGUGGAAACCAGUUCGCCAUUGAAGUCCAUCUCGCUCUUGCCCAAUAUCCCGCAGAUGGGAGUCAGCUUGCACAAGAUUAACCACCCCGUGGAGACCUUUGUCUCACUACCCCAAUCGGGCACCCACAUCAAGGUCCUGUUUUACAACACCUAUUGCCUGGACAUCCAAAUUCGCGCUGGAGGUCUAGUCUACGUUCGAGACGGUGCCAUUUCCUUGUUUGACCAAAGAAAAGUAAUCGACGAGAUCCAGCCCAUCCCUGGACUCAAGACCUUUCUCUCCAAGUACGUGGACGAGUCCGCCUUUCAUAGACGACAAUCACAGACUGAGGAUGACAACCCGCCCAGCCCCACCCUCGUCGGGGCUAAUGACGAGCAGUCGGGGGUGGGAUUAAGGUUCAACACGCCACACACACCUCCUUCUAACCCUUUAACUCCUGCCAGUCCUCUCACCGGCACCUCUUCUUCCUCGACCACCAAUCCUGGGUUCCUGCAAAGUCCACCUUCGGGGAUUCGUAAUCCGUCGCCGGCUAAUAUACCUCAACCUUCUCCGUCGGGUCAGCCCAUGCCUAGCCCUUCUGGGUUCAUGGUGCCUUCCCCGAUCAACCCUGUCAACUCCGUGGGCAGCCCUUUCCCCUCGGUCCAAUCUCCUUUGGCUGUGGGCUCUCCAGGAGCCAUCCGUCCUUCUCCUCGGCCCAACCGGUCUCAUACUCCCAAUCCUCAACAAUCUCAACCCAUAGCUAGAAUUCUCCCGCCACGCCUGUGGGCCGGCGCCCAACCCACUCCCUUGACAUUUCAAGCCUUUGACGAGCUCUGUCGACCUUGCACCGCUUUGGCACCCACACCAGGGGUCUCGGUGCUUCCAAUGACCUUGGCACCACUACACCGGUUUUUGGGCUGUCUUUUCUUGAGGCGACAGUUGCACCAUGUGGUACGCCAAGAGGAAAUGGUGCAAGGGUUACCCCCGAGCGACAACACUACCAUUAAUUUCAAGGUGGAUGGACUGGUUUGCAGAGUUCUCUGUAUGGCGGGGAACAACUUCCAAUCAUUGCAUCUGAAAUUGGAGCCAGAUAAAAAUAUGGCUCCUCAUUGGCCCCCGGACAUGAUUCAUACUAUGGAGAAAUUCUUUGAUAUUCGCGUCGCCGCUCCGCCGUUCCGUCCAAAUGCGGUCACCGCCUUCAUCAAGAUCCUCCAAUGCCCCAUCGAGCCCUUGAAGGACAUUGUCAACAUCAUGCGAUACGAGAUGAACCCAGAACUGGUGAUUCGAAACAACUUGAAGUGGACGUGCCGUAUUUGUCUUACAGUCCCACCCUCAGCCCCACCCAUCAUCCCGCUCAGUCAGCCCGGUUUGCUGCGCCUGAAGGAUAAAAUGCUCCUCUUCCUUCACAUUAUCAGGGCCAAUGUGCAACUUCCCCCGGGUGUGGAACCUCAAAGUGUGGUCAUUCCCUUGGUCUACGAUAUCAACAUGAACUCCACCACUGUAGCUCAGAAAGAGAUGAACCCGGUGGUGAAUAUCGCUCAGCAACAUCUGAGCCGUUUAGGGCGAUCCGGCCAACUCCCCAUGAAUCGUUGCACGAUUCUUCCCUCGGUGCAAGACCUACUCUUCCAAUUGACCCUCCCCAACGAGGGUCCUGCUAGUUCCAGAGAGUAUGUGUAAUGUCAACUGGAUUAAGAAAUAUAUGUGCAUAUGGAGAGCAAAACAAGAAGUUGUCGUCAUUGGAGCCUUUCUUGAUAACGAUGUUAUCCAGUAUGAUAAUCCGAUACUUCAAAUGUUUGACAAAGUU